AAACCCCAAUUUUGAAAUCUAAUUUCCCCGCCAAUUCACUUCUAUCACUCUUCGACGGAAGAAUGUCUAUGGUGUUCAUCGCCGUUCACUGUUUUCAAUGCUCCACCAUGCAGGUGAAGCAGCAGAAGAAGAAUAGCAACAAAUGGACCUGCGUAGUUUGCAAUCAGAAACAGUCUGUUCGGAAAGUGUUCGCACAAGGAUAUAAGGCAAAGGAAAUUCGCUUAUUUGUUCAGAAUUUCAAUAUGUCUCGUCAAUUUACGGAUCAAUUAAGGAGGGAAGAAACUGAAACCCUAGAGAUUGGAGAGCAGAAUCUAAGUUGUGGAAGUUCUAAGAGAACCGAUUGGACGGAAUACCUCGAUGCGGAAGAAGAUGCUGUUGAGAACAAUGAAAAUGUUUCAGGAGAUGUAAUGGAGCCAAAGGUUGUGACGGAGUUACCCAAAGAGUUAUUCAGAAGGUCAAUGUUGAAGAACUACUCUGCUGUUGAAGGUAAUUUCAAACCAGUUUUCUCAAAGCGAAACGCCAGAAAACAAAGCAUAUCUCAAGGUCAAGGUUACCGGAAUGCACAAAACACAGGUGUUGAGCCAAGCAAACGUCAGGCAACAAUGGCACCGGUGAUCUCCAAGUGGAGAGAUAAUCGAACAGCGCCACUAGAUAUCUCUAUUCAGCCAGCAACAGACGGAGUUUGCAACUUGGAUGAAGGCAUCAACCUAUAUGCCAAUGAAAAUUAUACGAAUGAAGGAGAUCGUGGUUAUAGAAAGUCAGUACAGAGAAUUCAGCUAAGGACAGCCAACAAAGUCUCCAAAUGGACUGAGUACAUAACUGAAGAUGAAGAUGACUGUCACUCACAGUUUGCACGUGGGAGAGGAUUCACAUCUGAAUUGAAUGAAGGUAUCAGCCUAUAUAACCAUGUUAACUAUAUAAAUGAUGAAGGAAAUCCUGGUUAUAGCAAGUCAGGUCAGAAAAUUCAACCAAAGACAGCCAACAAAGUCUCCAAAUGGACUGAGUACAUAACUGAAGACGAAGAUGAUUGUCACUCGCAGUUUGCGAGUGGGAGAGGAUCCACAUCUGACGUCAACAAAUGGAGAGGCAACACUUUUGAGACCUCACUGAAGGAUCAAAGACUAGACGAUGAAGAAAUCCACCCUGAUUUUCUGUAGACUCGUUUCCAAGGGGUGCAUUAUGGGCCGAUAAUAACAAGUUUGUGCACAAGAGACUAAUUUCAUUUGAUUUAGUGGAGUAUCUUUUGAUUGCACUAUCUUAAUGCAGUGGACAGCAAGACUUUUAUUAGCUUGAACUAUGACUAUGACACCCAAUAGAGAAAGUUCCCGACAUGAAAAGGAGAUGAGGAAAUGCCUGAAAGGCUUCAAAGUAGAAUAGAUUCGACAUGCAGAUAAACCCACCUAAAGAAGGGCCAAACAUAACAGACCCUUACCGGAUGAUGUCUGAGAUCAAAGGACAUUUCCCAUUUCCUUGGCACGUCAAACCGCAUAAAAGUUGAAUUAUGCUAAAGGUACAAAUGGAGGUGCUAAAAAAACAAGUGGGCAUAAAUACCGAAAUGCCGAACCGAAUCAUUUCGGUUUUUUCGGUUUCGAUUUUUUUUGUUCGGGUUUUUUUUUUCUUUUUACAAUUUCGGUAUUUUGGUUCGGGUUACGGGUUUUAGGUUCACAUAAUUCAGUAUUUUGGUUUAAACCGAAAUUUUAAAGGCUUAUAAUUUAGAAUUUUAGAUACAUUGAAUUGAAUGACUGACUGACUGCUGCUGUUUCUGUCAUUCUAUGUGAUAUUAGUGUUGUGUUUAAAGAUUUUGUGUUUACACAAUGUCCGUCCAAUGUGUUUACAACUUAUGUGUGAACCGUUCCAAUGUGUUUACAAUUUAUGUGUGAACCGGUUCUAUGUGA